UUUAACCGCCGCAUGAUCGAUCAAUUACUCUAUUCGUUCGUUAUCCUUUGCCCAAAUUCGCGUAUUAGUGAUAUCAAGUUACCGCGCUUUAUCCCUCCUACGCCGAAUCAAAGGGCAAAAUCAUUCUUUACAUCUGAUCUAUUGUUCCUGCGCUCGCAAUGGCCUCUCCAGCCAAGGCAUACCCCUCUCGCCGUUCUUUCCUCCACUUUAUCCAAAACCCCCACCAUCUCGUUCGCCCAUCGAUCCGUUUAAAAACAACGCUUUACUCGCUCUCUCUUGUCAUUAUUAUCCUUUUGGUACUCGCGCUCAAUGCCGCAACCACACCGCCAACCCACGCACCCGACAUUGCCAAAUCCCCUAGUCCGGAUACGCCAGCCGACUCAGGAGAGGGCAAGGAUAUAGCGCAAGGCAAGGAUGCCCAUCUUGUUGACGGAGAUAUACAAAGGAGUUUUGAGGAACCCGACUAUGCUCUUCUCAGUGGGAGACAGCCACAUGAAAUUGGGUGUGAUAUUCCCCUAGAAGGGGAUGGUAAAGGCGUCCUGGUGUUUUUGGGUAUCUUCUCGACAGCUCAGAACAAAGGCAGACGAGACCUGUACCGAGAGACCAUCAUCCCCGAUUUCCCCCCGGAACUUGUAACAGUAAAAUUCAUCCUUGGAACGCCACCAUACCCCGAACAGUCCUCCAUUUCCGAGCGUUCCAAGCGGACGAAAUUGCUUAAGGACGUCAGCAAGGAAAUGAAAGAGCAUGGGGAUAUGGUCAUGCUUCCGAUGAUAGACAAUAUUGAUCUUGGAAAGACUCAUGAAUAUUUCAAGUGGGUAGCUCAUGAAUAUGCUGGAGAGGGAAGAGUCAAGGGAAGGCCUCGCUUUGUAAUGAAAGCAGACGACGAUACCAUUCUCGUAAUGCCCAACAUGAUCUCUGCAUUUAAAGACCUCGAUUGCGCAACUAAUGUGUAUUGGGGAACAUCGGCCGGCCGUUCUCAUUACUUUGGCGACUACUUCCGCGGACUGGCGUACGCCAUGAGCUGGCCCCUUGUCUCAUGGAUAGGUUCAGCCAAUAUGACUCACGCGCAUAUUACUAAAAUUGAAGAUGCCCGUACUGGUCAGUGGUUACGGCACCUAGACCCCAUAACAGAUCCUAUCAAACGGAUUGAUAUGGGCUGGACGAUGGGUGAUUGGAAUCAGCUUGACGUGGAUACCAAGACUGUAGCUCUUCAUUGGUGCAAGCUCGAUGACUGGGUGCGGGAGCAACACCGUCGACUCCUCCAGGUUUGGUCAGAUGCAGGCAGAGAGUACACCGCCGAGAACGGGGUGCCUCCGAGAGAGAGUAUUGCAAAGGGAAAGAUCACUCCGCAGGAAGCGGCAAAGGAACAUCAGAGACAGAAGGAAUUGGGUUGGGACGUGCAAGGUAAUUUGGAAUGAUAGAUGAAGUGGAGGAGGACAGAAGGACUGUGGGCCGAAGACGGUAAAUGGCCAUAAGAUCAGGUCGCACUAGUGUGUUUAUAAUUCGACUGCUGAAUGUGUACUUGCGCUACUGGCACGUUGCAUUGAACGCCGUUCGCUAUCAUGUGCAUUUCAGAACCAGCAAGUCGCACUCUACCUUCAGUCCCGCCAUUAUGUUACUGAAGUCAUUCACGUAUCAUACAACAUGCAUCGUCUGUCUAAACAG